AUGAUGAUGGAGACUCGUGCCUCAAAGAAGAAGAGAGCUAACACCAAUCAAAAGCCACAACUCGUCGUUCCAAAACGACAUAGGGUAGUUUUCCCCAAUAUCCCCCAUCUCAAUGUUCGUGUUUAUCAAACUAGACAAAGACUCAAAUCUCAGAUAAACCCUAACCUUAAAAACUCAACGACAACAAAAACCCUUCCUCUCCUUCAUAAUUCCAAUUCGAAUAAACCCGUUCAUAACAAAACUAAUGGCGAAUGUGACCACCAACAGAUCAUUGAAACUUACGUAUCCGACAUCGAUGAUCAUCAUCGGACAAUGGAGGUGCAGAAAAAGCGAAGACCAACUGUUGGCUACAUUGAGAAUAUUCAGAAAGAGGUUACUAUAAACAUGAGGGGAACAUUGGUGGAUUGGUUAGUGAAGGUUGCAGACAAGCACAAGCUUCUUCCGGAAACCCUUCAUCUAUGUAUCUCCUACAUUGACAGAUUCUUAUCUCUUCAAUCUGUUAACGAAACAAAUCUUGCGUUGGUUGGUGUUUCGUCUAUGCUCAUUGCAGCUAAGUACGAAGAAAUCACACCACCAAAGGCAGUCGUUUUCUGCAAAAUCGCUAAGAACGCUUAUGGCCUUUCCGAGGUUUUGAAGAUGGAAGUUGACAUACUCAAGUCACUAAAAUAUGAAAUUGGAAACCCUAAUGUUACCACAUUUCUAAAGAGGUUUGUUGGGCUUGCUUGUGGGAAUCAAAAGAAUUCUGAUUUGCAGUUUGAAUAUUUGUGCAACUAUCUUGCUGAUCUAAGCUUGUUGGAGUACGAGUGUAUAAGAUUCUUGCCUUCUGUUGUGGCUGCAUCGGUUAUAUUUCUCGCUAGAUUUAUUAUCCAACCAGAAGUAGAUCCUUGGACGCCAUCCUUGUGUGAAUGCUUGGGUUACAAGUCAUCUGAGUUGAAGGAAUGUGUUGCUAUUUUACAUGACUUGUAUUUCUCAAGAAGAGCAGCAUCCUUGAAAACUCUUCGCAACAAAUACAAUCGGAAAAAGUUGAAAUCUGUAGCCAAUUUGCCUUCUCCGCCAGAGGUGCCAACUCAUUACUUCAAAGAGGCAUGA